UAGACAGUAUUCUUCAAACGUCAUUCUUGCCACGCAAAAUACACGGGCCGAAAAUCAAUAUGUCCGCCCCCAAAACGUAGCGAAAUCUUUCUGCUUCAUCGCUGGAAUAUUUCCCUAAGAAACACAACAAAUAAUUUAACAGUAUAAACAUGUUAAUGUUGGACCAAAAAUAAGUCCAGAAUAAAUAAUAAACAUUUCAUGUAAACUCUACAGGGAAAUAUGAUUGUUUUAAAACUUUAAAUUUAUAUUUGUGAACGGUUCAGAAAUAGUUGCAAAAUAUUACAGUGGCAUUCUGUGCUAUUGUGUGUGCGUGUGUGUGUUUGUGCGCAUGUGCGCUGGAUCAUCCAAUUUGGGGUAUAAAAGAUAGCUGAAGGGCUGGCAUGGGGACUCAGGUGUAUGCACCUGACACAGCGUGCGGGGACAUGAGCGAAGGCGCGUUGGGGAACGCCAGCGCCGUCAUCCAGUACCGAGACUCGCUGAGCAAAGCGCUGGCCAAGAACCUGCUGGUGCUUGCCAUGGGACUGUCCAUCAACUACAUCAACGUGGGCCUCAUCUACACCUUCUGCAAGCACCAGAUCUUCUACUCGGACCCUCGCUAUAUCCUGUUCUUCCAUCUGGCUGUGAAUGACAUGAUCCAGACGACCAUCAGCCUCAUCCUCUUCAUGAUCAGUUACAUCCUUUACAGGAUCAGCGUGUCGGCGUGCGCCGCUUUACUCCUGCCGGCCGCCCUCACCAAUGAGAACACGCCCCUCAACCUGGCGUGCAUGGCGGCCGAGUGUUACAUCGCCGUGUGUCUUCCGCUUCAGCACGCUCGCAUCUGUACGGUCAGGAGAACUCUGGCCCUCAUCGCCUUGAUCUGGACCUGCAGCCUCAUCUCCACCCUGCCGGACCUCUUCGUAACGCUGGCCACCGAGCCGCCGGAGUACUUCUCAUCUCGGGUCUUCUGCACACGACUAAACGUAUUCCCCAAUCCGCUGCUGGCUGAGAAGCAGAAAUAUGCGUACCUUAUAUACCUGUUGCUUGUAUGGCCGGUCAUUUUCUUCACAUACUUCAAGAUUUUCUUUGUGGCCCAAUCGGCCAGCAAGGAUGCCAAGAAGGCUCAGAGGACUGUCAUGCUGCACGGUUUUCAGCUUCUGCUGUGCAUGACCACGUAUGCGGUUCCAGCGCUCCAGCAAGCUUUGUUCCGCUGGUUCCCCAAGAACUACUCAGACUCUUUGUUCGGCUGCUUCAUCCUCAUUCAGGUCCUGCCCCGCGCCAUCAGCCCCAUCAUAUACGGCGUGAGGGACAAGUGCUUCAGGAAACACCUCAAACACUACUUGCUCUGCAACUGCGGCCCUGACUCAGCAGAAAUAAAAAGCAAGAACAACGGCACAGCACCAACAACUUAACUAACUACAACUGUGUGUGUGUGUGUGUUCUCGCAUUUAUGAAAUUGAUGCUCCGCUGCAGAGAACACAACAUUUCAUUUCUGCAUCAAGUAAAAAGUCGAAACAAAGUCACCUGGUUGGAAUUCUCGUUCAAUAAAACAGGCGCUUUCUGCUUAA